GGCAUAAACCAAACCCCAAAAUUAAUUUAAUAAUUAAAACAUACUUCAAAAAUAUUUACUAUUAAAAAAUGUGUAUACUAGUACAUAAAUUGAACACUUUUUAACAGCCUUUUCUACUUUGUGUUCUGGAGACUCUGAAAACUACAAACACACUUUGCUCAUCAGUAAUCUCACUUGCUCUUCAACUUCAUAACAUUUCUCUCUUUUCCACAAGACCCUCUUCAAGAAAUCUACUCUUGUUGAUAUAUUUGCCAAAAAGAUCACUUCUUGCUUGUUAUUGAGCAAACAUGAUCAAUCUUUCAGAUUUUUACCAUGUGAUGACUGCAGUUGUUCCACUCUAUGUAGCCAUGAUUUUAGCUUAUGGCUCUGUGAAAUGGUGGAAGAUAUUCUCUCCUGACCAAUGUUCAGGGAUCAACCGUUUUGUUGCUCUGUUUGCAGUCCCUCUUCUUUCAUUUCACUUCAUUUCUUCCAACAAUCCUUACACUAUGAACUUCAGGUUCAUUGCUGCUGAUACACUUCAAAAGAUCAUUAUGCUUGUUGUGUUAGCUAUAUGGUGUAGAGUGAGCAGAAGGGGGUGUUUGGAAUGGACUAUUACACUUUUUUCACUGUCCACUCUGCCAAACACUCUUGUCAUGGGCAUUCCUCUGCUUAAAGGAAUGUAUGGGGAGUUCUCAGGGAGCUUGAUGGUGCAGAUUGUUGUGCUUCAGUGUAUUAUUUGGUAUACUUUGAUGCUUUUCUUGUUUGAGUUUAGAGGGGCUAGGAUGCUGAUUUCUGAACAGUUUCCUGACACUGCUGGCUCUAUUGUUUCCAUUCAUGUGGAUUCUGAUGUCAUGUCAUUGGAUGGAAGACAUGUUUUGGAGACUGAGGCUGAGAUUAAGGAGGAUGGGAAGCUUCAUGUUACUGUUAGGAAGUCUAAUGCUUCCAGGUCUGAUAUUUAUUCGAGAAGGUCCCAGGGGUUGUCGACGACCCCUAGACCUUCUAAUUUGACUAAUGCGGAGAUUUAUUCUUUGCAGUCCUCAAGAAACCCGACCCCGCGAGGGUCGAGUUUCAAUCACACUGAUUUUUACUCUAUGGUUGCUGGGGGUGGGAGGAACUCGAACUUUGGUGCUUCUGAUGUUUACGGGCUUAAUGCCUCGAGGGGGCCUACUCCUCGGACAUCUAAUUUUGAAGAUGAUGGUGGAAACGGGAACAAGUCCAGGUUCCACCAUCACGGGCAGCCGGGUAACAUGCAUAAUUACCCGGCUCCCAAUCCGGGAAUGUUUUCUCCCAAGACAAAUGGAACAUCAGCAGCAUCCAAGAAGCCUAAUGGACAAGGUCAUAACAAGGCAGAGGAAGGCACUAAAGAUCUUCACAUGUUUGUGUGGAGUUCUAGUGCAUCUCCUGUGUCAGAUGUUUUUGGAGGCCAUGAAUAUGGAGCUUUAGACCAACCUGCACCUAAAGAUGUAAGAGUAGCUGUUUCUCCAGCAAAAGUUGAGGGUCAUAGAGCUGAUAAUCAAGAAGAAUACAUGGUGGAGAGAGAUGAAUUCAGCUUUGGGGACAGAGAAAUGCACAAGCAUGAAGGUGGUGAGAAAGGUGGAGAUAACAAAGCUAAAGUCAUGCCUCCAACAAGUGUGAUGACCAGGCUCAUUUUGAUCAUGGUCUGGAGAAAGCUCAUCAGGAACCCCAACACUUACUCUAGCUUGAUUGGGCUCAUCUGGUCUCUAGUUUCAUUCAGGUGGCAUGUUGAAAUGCCUGCCAUAAUUGCAAAGUCUAUAUCCAUACUGUCUGAUGCAGGCCUUGGCAUGGCCAUGUUCAGUCUAGGUCUGUUUAUGGCAUUGCAACCAAGGAUCAUAGCAUGUGGGAAUUCUAUAGCAACUUUUGCCAUGGCUGUCAGAUUCCUCACAGGCCCAGCUGUCAUGGCAGCUGCUUCCAUUGCUGUUGGUCUCCGUGGCACUCUUUUACAUGUUGCCAUUGUCCAGGCAGCUCUACCACAGGGAAUUGUCCCCUUUGUCUUUGCUAAGGAAUACAAUGUACAUCCUGACAUUCUCAGCACCGCUGUUAUAUUCGGAAUGUUAAUUGCUCUGCCCAUCACACUGGCUUACUAUGUUUUGUUGGGACUAUGAAGUAGAGAUUAUCAUUAUCAUCCUAAUCAGCUAACUUGAUAAAGCAAAAAAAAGAAAAAGGAAUUAUUGAAGGUGUAGAGCAAAGGAGUAAAGAGAAAAGGCUAUGAAAUGGAGCACAAGUGUGAAAUGAAAAAUCUCUCUUGCUUAGUUAAAUUGUAAAAUCAUGUUUUAGUUAAUUCGUUAGGGGGUUUUAUUCUAAUGAUAUUUUUGGUUUUGUAAUAAUUAUUCUUAGAACUUGUGCUUACAUGAAAGUAACAUAAGUGUUGAUGUGA